AUGGCAACUGCCACAAUACCGCGCUGCAACAGCAAUGAACACAACGACGGCGUCUGGCCGGAGUUUGCGCAAGACGUAUGUGAGGAACUGAACAACAAGCGCUGUCUUGGCCUGGUGGCGUCUCCAUCGAUGGCGGCCGCCGUGUGCCGCUACGUUGACGAGGUGUGCGCAAAGUUGGGCGACGCAAACGACGUGGCAGUGAAGUACGGAACAGACACAAAGACAAAUGACGUAUUGCUCUCACUGCAACGCGCGCCGCGCGUCUGCUUCACCACGGAAGCUAAUAUUGCAAAGCUGCAGAAGUGCAUCGCUGUUUACGGGCGAAUCCCAAUUCUGGUUGUGCUUGAAAUGUACGACGACCGCUCCUUUGUCUUAGAUCUCGACCGUGGCGUGCCGGACACCGAGAAGCUGACGGCAGCGAUCGAGUUGUUUCUUCGUGGUGUGGCGGAAGGUGGUAUUGCAAAGGCCCUUCAAGGCGCGGCACCGCCUGAGGGUGACAAGUUCGUGUCGUCACACAACGUCACGCUUAAUCACGGACUCUGUGCCGUGACGAGCACGCUUCAGCGUCUAAAGCGGAAGGAGCCAGGCGGCGCAAUUUGCGUCUUCUGGAGCGCCCGUUGUGCGAUUUGCCCCGCCGUUCUCAUGAUGAUCGACCAUAUUGUGGGCAUCGUCUGGAAGGCGUCAGAGUCCUGCGGUGUGGUACGGCCCUUCAGCUAUUUGGCCUGUAACGUUGACGAUAACGAUUUUCCCGUGGAAGACUGGCCCGAGACGCCAGAUCAGCAGGUCAUACCGACGAUGGCUGCGUACAAUGGUAACGGGGAGCGCUUUGUGUACAGCGACAAGCGGAGUGCCGCACCUUUUGUCUCCUUUAUGUGUACACACUGCCUGCCAAAGGACCUGCCCAGUGCGGCGCAGAUUACAAGUGUUGCAUUGGCAAUUGCAGAGGAGGUGACAGACGAAAAAUUGUGGGAAGUUGGACUCCCUUCCGCUGCGAGCAAAGUCACAGAGAAGAAGAUCGAACUGCAUGGUGACACGCAUGAAAUGUCUGCCGGCAACUCGCGGGGGAUCGGGCGGAAGAGACCGCCUAGCUGCAGUGAAACUCUGGCGCACGGCAAACAUCCCCAGGGAGAAGAGGAACGGCAGGAAGAAAAGAAAAAUAAAAAGAGAGAGUGA